AGAUCAUUCACGCUCGUAUUGGCGCCGCACAAAAAGCCUCGAGCUCGGGCUUGCGGUGCUAGCUGAUGAAGAAGUUCCAGCCGCUGCGGAAACCGUCGCGGCCGCGGCCCGCGCCGCGGCCGACGAAGCCUCUCCAGUCCAUGUUCAUACAGAACCCCCGGCGGUUCGAUUCGCCGGAGCCGACGCAGCUCCACGAUACGCUGGUCGAGGCGCGGCCGGCGCCGCAGCCGGUAGCGCCGCCGUCCGAGGCCCGGGCGCCGCCCGUCCGCGCGCCACCGCCGUCCGCCGGCGACAGCGACGGCGAGGACGCCGCCGAGGCGCCGGCUCGCGCGCCGCCGCGGCCGGCGGUCCCGCCGUCCGCCGGCGACACGAGCGACGACGACGAAUGGGACGAGACGGAGCCCCCGGCGGCCGCGCCGCCGGCCCGCGCGCCGCCGGCCCGCGCACCGCCGCCGCCGCCGCCGUCCCCGUCGUCGAGCGAAAGCGAAAGCGAAAGCGACAGCGACAGCGACGACGAGGCCCCCGCCGCGGCCGCGCCGCCGCCCGCGGCCCGCGCGUCGCGGCCGCGGCCGCCGCCGUCCCCCUCGUCGUCGUCGAGCGGCGAGAGCGACGACGAGGGCCCCGCCGCGCCGCCGCCGGCCCGGGCGCCGUCCCCUUCGCCGUCGUCGUCGUGGGAUAGCAGCGACGACGACGACGACGACGACGCGGCGGUGGUGGCGACGCCGGUGGCGCGCGGACUCGGCGCGGCGGCGUGCCCGCGGAUGCCUCGCGUCGGCGACUUCCUGGCGCACCGGCACAACGACGACGCGCCGCUCGAGGCCGAGAAGGUGCUGGGGCGGGUGACGCGGGUCCAGGUCCGGGGCCAGACCGCGGACAUCAGGUGCGCCUGGUUCAACUGCGACGAGGCGACGGGCCACCUCGAGGUCCGGCGGCGGUCCUUCGGCGCGCGCUGGCGCUUCGCCUCGGUGGGCGAGGCCGCGCGCGAGGCGGCGCGCGCGGCCGAGGCGUGUGACGCGGCCAAGGCGCUCGCCCUCGAGGACGUGGUCUGCCAGGUCUGCGGGUCGGGCGACGACGAGGCGCAGCUCGUGCUCUGCGACGACUGCGACGCGGGCGCGGCGCACACGUACUGCCUCGAGCUCGGCGCCGUGCCGGACGCGUGGCGCUGCGACGCGUGCGCGCGGCCCGCGGCGCCGAAGCGGCGGCCGGCGCCGAAGAAGAAGCGCGCGCGGCCGGCGCCGGCGGACGACGACGCCGACCUCGUGUGCGCGCCGAAGCGGCGGCCGCCCGUCGCGGCCGACGCCGCGCGGGCGAAGACGAUGCCGCGCUGGCCCGUCGUCGGCGACCGGCUCCUCCAGCGGCACAACGACGUCGACCCGCUCGAGGCCGAGCACGUCCGCGCCCGCGUCUCGGAUUUCAGGCCCCACCCCCCGAAGGAUACGAGUCUCCGUCACGUCCCCGCAGGUGCUCUGCGUGGUCAAGAAGGUGCCCCCGAGCGGCGCCGCGGCGAAGAAGCGCGACUUCGACGUGGCGUUCGAGAACUGCGAGCGGAAGCGCGGCACGCUGUGCCUCGCGGCGGCGGCGUACGCGGUGAACUGGCGCUUCGCGACGGAGGCGGACGUCGAGCGGCAGCUCGGCGCGCUGGUGGACGAGGCGUGCGGCGUGUGCGGCCGCCGCGACGACGAGGCGUCCCUGGUCCUCUGUGACGGCUGCGAGGCCGGCGCGGCGCACACGUACUGCCUCGGCCUCGACGGGGUGCCCGAGGGCGACUGGUUCUGCGCAGCGUGCGCGUCCCAGCGCGGCUCGACGGGCACGCGCAAGACCUCCGUGUCCGUGUAAGUCGAGCGCUGCAAUCACCAUUCUAUUGUUACGGUGCACUAGUGGCG